GGGUAGACUUUGGCAGCAGUUCCUUGUGUGGGCAGGAAAGGUGCAAGUCCAAUUUAAAAAAUUUGAUGACUUGGUCUGAACUUGCACAAAAUCUUGCUUAGUUUGACUGCGUAUUUGCCCUCUUGAUUCCUGGAAUAAGCAUGUCUCCCUCUGCUGAAUUGUCUCAACUGGUGGUUAUUGGACACACACUCCAGCUCUUCAGAAUAACUCACAUUUGUGCAAUACUAUUGAGCUGAGUGGGGUUUUCAAAGGAGGUCUUGACCUAACCAAUUCAGAAAGCUAGAGGGAACUAACAAAAGGAAAUGAUCUGUAGUCAAGGAACAAACUGUCACAAACUGAAGCUAGGAGUACGCGUUUAUUCUCACUUUCUCCUCUAUUCUUACAGCAGAGUUGCCCUGCCCGAUAGUUGGUUAGGAGGAGAACUGAGAUGGUAUAUUUUUAUAAAUCUUGCUCUUUCUCUCAUGUGCAGGAGCCAAGAUAGCUUACAUGGUUUUAUUUUGUCCUCACAACUAUAACCCUGUGAGGUAGGUUAGGCUAAGAAUGAAGGAUUGGUCCGAAGUUACCCCAUGAGCCUCAUAGCUGAGUGGGGACUAGAACCAGGAUCUCUCGGGUCUCCAAGGCAACGCUCAAAUCACUGCACCACCAUGGCUCUUGAGAUAAAGAACUUGGAGUGGGUGGCACUACAUUCCGUGCCGCAUAUGCUUCCUUCUCUUGAAACGUUCACUUCUUGGGAAAUUUUACUGAAAAAGCUUUGUUCGUUUCCAAAAAGUCUUCAUUUGCCUUUUUUCUUCCUCAUACCACAUACAAAGAUUCAUUCUGUGCCUGCUCUGGAUUUUGCAGCCUUGGAACACUUAUUUGGGAGUAGGUCUCAUUAAACACAGUGCCCUUUGCUUCUGAGUAAACGUCCAUAAGAUUGCAACUAACCUGAAAUACUUACCACAGUCAAGUUUCAGUAUUCCUAUUUUGCAUCUUAUAGCCACACAUUAAAAAGUAAGGAUAAAUUUCUGUUUGUGUUCAUUUUGCAUUGGGCACUAUAAUUGUGAGCACAAAAAGGUGGCUGAAAACAUGUGCUAAGGUUGAAGAUAUGCGCUGCAGUAAUUGAUCUGGAGCAUGUGUCCAGGUAUGUUAGGAAACACUUUUGAGCUGCAGCCAUUCACUUGUGAGUAUCAGGCAUGUUUAGCCUUGAGAACAGCAGGCAUAUGGUAGCACUUUUCAAGCACCUAAAGGUUUGGCACACAUCAGGCUGCAGCUGUACGCUUUGUCAUCCAAGUCUGAAAGACACUUAGGUUACAGGAAGGCUGAUCUCAGCCAUCCAUCAGGAGAAUGUUCCUAACAGGGCAGUCAGAGCAUGGAACCAACUGACCAACUAUGGUGGACUCUCCACUGAUGGAGAUGUUUCGGUGGAAACCGCACAGCCACCUAUUAAGGAUGUUUGAAACUGGCUUUCUGCCUUGGAUUCCUACUUGAAACUGAAUUCCUGCACUGGCUAGACUUGAUGGCCUAAACAGCCCCUUCCCACAAACUCAUUCUGCUAUGGCACUGGAAAGUCCACAUGUGCCUGAGCUCUUACAUUUUAAUUAAUUUUUAAAGGCAGUAUAAAUUGGUUUGCUACACUUAGCUUUGAAUUUGGGUAGGACUUUCAUAAUAUUAAGCAACCAAUGGGGUUCCUUUGUAGAAGCUGUACCCAUAUCUGGAAAAGUUCAACUCAGGGAGUCAUGCUUACAUAUAGCAAAAUUCCUCUCUCAACCAAAGGUAUAAGCAUAAUUCUUGAGCUAAAACCAGGGGUGCUUCCUUUUGUCCAAGGACUAUGGGGCAGAAUGAAGAUUUGAUGAUAGCAUGAAUGUAGCACUGCACAUGGUUAACACCCCUGCCAUGAUGUCAACAAGGAUUUUAAAGGACAUGUUUGUUCCUCUUACAUAAGUUGGUCUAAACUUGUUUGUCCUGAGUUGGUGGGGGAAAGCACCUUUGAUCAGGAGCUGUUUUUGUGACCAAAGCGAUUUUGGGUCCAAAGCUCAAGCUGCCACCUUAAGGAGGGGAUAAAAGGCAAAGAGAACUGCCCAAGUGCGCAGUGCAGCCUCAGCAGGGACCGGAAUAGCCUGCCACUUAACCACUAACAGAAUGGAAGCGGGCAUGGACAUUCUCCAUCACUCAGGCAUCCAGGCCACCCAUUACCUCCAAACCAGCUACCCCAGAUCCCAGGAUUGGUUCCUCUUUGUUUCUUUCGCUGCCGACCUCCGAAACACCUUCUUUGUCCUCUUCCCUAUCUGGUUCCAUUUAUGUGAGACAGUGGGGAUCAAACUCGUCUGGGUGGCCGUGAUUGGCGACUGGCUGAACCUUGUAUUCAAGUGGAUACUGUUUGGACAGAGACCGUACUGGUGGGUAUUUGAGACCAACUUCUACCACAACACCUCAGCCCCUGCAAUCCAACAGUUCCCAGUUACUUGUGAAACUGGCCCAGGAAGCCCGUCUGGCCAUGCCAUGGGUUCAGCCGGUGUGUACUAUGUGAUCGUUACAGCCAUUCUUUCCAUCAUGCUGGAAAAGAAGCGGCCAACAUGGAAAUACCGGUUCUUGCAGGUAGUGCUGUGGGUGGCUUUUUGGGCCAUCCAAGUCUGUGUCUGUCUCUCUCGUGUCUUCCUUGCUGCCCAUUUUCCUCAUCAAGUCAUUGCUGGUGUCUUCUCAGGUAUGCUGGUUGCUGAGUCUUUCCAGCAUGUACACUCCAUCUACGAUGCCAGCCUGCGGAAGUAUGUGGGCACUACUCUUUUCCUUUUCUCCUUUGCUGUGGGCUUCUACCUGCUACUCAAAGUGCUUGGUGUAGACCUCCUCUGGACUUUGGAGAAGGCCAAGCGGUGGUGCGAACAUCCAGAGUGGGUCCACCUAGACACCACGCCUUUUGCCGGCCUCUUGCGCAACCUGGGGGUUCUCUUUGGACUGGGACUGGCCCUCAAUUCCCCCAUGUAUGUGGAGAGCUGCAAGGGGAAACAAGGGCAGCAACGCACCUUUAGACUGGGCUGCGUCGGCUUCUCACUCCUCAUUCUGCACUUGUUCGACUCUUUCAAGCCUCCCGCCAAGGUGGAGCUGCUCUUCUACUUGCUGUCGUUUUGCAAGAGCGCUGCUGUGCCCCUGGCAGCCGUUGCCCUCGUCCCCUACUGCGUUUCCCAGCUGCUUAGCCAGCAGGACAAGAAAGCCGCAUAGCUGCAGGGGCUGUGACUUUUCCUGACCCUAAGCAAGUGAAGAGAUCAGUGCAGGACCCCUGGGGCCAAAGGAAGCUGUGCUUGGUGACCUUCUUACUUAGCUGUGGCGAGGCUCUGAUGGCCCGUGCUUCUGCUGGAGUCAGAAUGAGGGAGACCCAUUGCCCCCCUAACAUGCCCAGCAGGCUCCCACUCUCGCUCCCAUGAGGGACUGUCCACAGGCCUUGAUUCUGCUUGUGUUCUCCCUCGGGCAGGACUUGUCGCCAGAGAGGUACACCAGCAACCUUUUCCUCCAUGAGGAAAACCAGUUACCAAGCUGGCGCCCCCGCUGAAGGGCCAAGCUCUCUCUCUCUGAGGGCAUUAUUGCCAAUACCCCGCUCCGUGGUGCAGCGAGGGCUGCCCUUCAAGCCAAAGUCCAGAGCCCCCCAAAUGGCCAUCCAGAGAGCUGCAGUAAUGGGACCAGUGGCAGGCAGGUCCAGGGUCAGCAGCUGGGACAGCCUGGAUGUGCUGGAAGCCACCAGGCCGACACUGCUUCCUGCAACACCCUUUCUUUCACCUCACACUUGCAUUUUUAGUAGUUGGGGGCAGCCAGCUGGGCAUGUAUAUGGUUACAGAUCCUCAUUUUAUUGUAUCUGUUUAUAUUUAAAAGUAUGUUUUCCUUUUCUACAACAAAAUGAUUCACAUUCCUAAGUAAAUGUGUUUAGCAUAAGGGCAGCAGAAGCAAGUGGUAUUUUGUUCCUAAUGAUGAUAGAAUUUAAAGUGAGUUUAAAAUGCAAGACUGCACAUGUUGGGAGGAUUUCUCUUUUUAAAAACAUCAGUGUUGGCAAGCAGUUUGCUUUUGGUUUGUUUUGGUCUAAUUGGUCUAAUAUAUCAGGAAUAUAGAAAGUGUUGUGAAGCAUGGCCUGGUGGUGGUGUGGAAUGGGGAGAGAAGAUAAAUGUUAGUUGUGUGUUUCACAUACAUGGCUGUCAAAGACGGCCAAAGAGGGCUGGGCUGUAAGAAGUCCAGGGUCUGAAAGUACCUAGCUGCAUCUAGCCAACACAGAGCUGGUGCGGCACAGUGGUUGAGUGCUUUGUACAGGAACUUGGAAGGUCCAGCUUCUAAGUUCAGUCAACCAUGAGCUCACUGGGUGUCUUUGGGCCAGUCACAGACUGUCGGCCUUAUCUACCUGUGAAGAUAACAUGAAGAGGAAGAUGGUUAUGUAAUUGUAAUCCACCUUGGGUUCCUUUUAAGAAAGGCAGUGGGGUAUAAAUAUAAAUAUAAAUACCAAUCCACCCAUGACACCUGACGGGAUGGUUCACACCUAUCUGGGCUAGUGCUAGUGACUAGUGGUUGAGGUCAAGUGAUUGUCCUUGUGAUGUUAUGAGGAUUCGCUAUCACUGAAGGCUGGAAGGUACACUUUUGGAAGGGGAAAAAGUAACAUCAUUGACUUUGUCCAUGGCUUGCUAUGGUAUAGAAAUGUCUGUGUGCCAUAUUACUGUACUUGUACCUAGAUUGUUGUAAUUAAAAGGCAUGACAUUAGCAAA